UGAGUUUGCUGGUAUGAAAGAGCUCAGUCAGCAGAGCAAGACAUAUGCUUCCUCUAAAAACCCACAUCCUUCCUUUUUCACUGAGCAAAAAAAGUGUCUUCAGGUCUUUACUCUUCUUUCUCUUCUCUCUCUCUCUCUCUCUCUCUCUUUCUACAUAGUUUCAUGCAGAAAAAUUGUCAAAUUUGUACAGCAGAUUUUCGAUAAAGACAUGUAAAGUCUUUUUUUAUGUACAUGUGCAAGUAAUCACAAUGGUGAGAUUCAUACAGCCUGUGGGGAGAGAUUUGUGUGUGCAUGUAGUUUCAAGCCAAGCAAAAACUAAAUUUUGUUUAUCAUCCGUUUACUUCCACACAACAACCUCAACAUGUUACUGGCAAGUUCUAAUCAUACUAAUUCUUUCGGUCAAGCAGCCUAAUAACGAAACCCCAAGAUAAAGAUAACCAGGUUUGCUCUAAGUCAGUUCAGAAUAAUUUUAAUGCUCAGUCAUCUCUCUUCCAGUCAUACCUGUACUCUUUUUGAGUAGUGCCGAGAGCCACACUGGGGCCACAGAGGCAGUCCCUUUAUGAUACUGCCUUGUCAACCUUAACCCCGUUUCACAGUUGACACAAGGUCACGUGGUGUGGCCUGGUUUUUGUGAAAAAAUAAUGAAGAUGGUGAGAAGAGCACAUGACAUCUAACUGGUGAAUGUGCCAAAAUGAUGUGUCUAACCCAGUUUAAGAUGAGGAUGUUUCUGAAGUGGAGACUGUUUGAAUGAAAACAGAGACACUGACAGUGAAUGCAAAUACGUGUUUGGAGAAAGCUCUUCACACAAAUGCAGAUUAGCUGGUCUUCCCUUAUCAAGUGAUAACACAAAAAGUUCUCACACUUACAAAGUUUUUUCUGUAAUAGAAGGGAUUUCCCAAAGACUCAUUACUCUGUUUGUUAACUGCAGCAUUUUACUGUCAUCUGGACAAUUUAAACCCCAGUGGAUAGAUAAUCACCUAAACUAGCACAUACAGAAAGUAUUGGACACAAGAGAUGCAGUUAGGAGUAAUUCAAACAUAUGUGACUUGUCACAACAUCUGAAGGUAGAUAUAUCAGAUCAGUCACACAGUAAUGUCUUGAUAUUUGAAUUUCCACAUGCAUAAAAUAAGAUAACCAAUAUCACUUUUGGUAUUGUUCAUUGUAUUGCUCACUCCUGUGUGUCACAAGAUUGCAAAGCAACUCAUCAGAAUAAUGCCAUUAUUUGGAACUGUAUCUCCUUAACAUGAAUGACCUUGUCAUUUAAGUUUGAGAAAAAAAGGAACAGGCGGAUGUAAGAAAGAGAAAUUGUUUUUUUCAGCAAAAAGAUUGAUUUUGGGUGAAACGAGAGAGAUGGUUCCUGUGGAAAAAAGUGGAGGCUGAAGGAGCGUAUGUUUUUGUGCACAGAGCCAUGGGGGUCGCAGCAAAAGACAGGAUAAGAGUAUAUAGGGCAUAGAGAUUUCAUCAACAUCGUCAAAAUGUACGGCUUUCAUAAUGAGUCAUCACUGACAUUUUAUGAAUAAUCCCCAGACACACUUCUGGUCCCCUGUUCAUUUGCACACUCAAAGGGUCCCAGGUUACACCUUGUCUCACCAUCACAUCUACGAUGCAGCCACUCUGUUUUAUUGCUUUUACUUUACUGGUCAGUCUCUCUUGCCUCUCUGCUGUGCUUUCCAUAAACUGCAAUGAAAGAAAAUAUAACUGGCCAGUGGAACGACCCUACUUAUGCUGUGACAAAUGUCCACCAGGCAAACAUAUGGUUCGGCGUUCAUACACAAUUUGUGAAAUUGAGUGUCAAUCUUGCACAAGGGACCUGUUCAAUGAAAAGUACAACGUAGAACUGACCUGCGAUUUUUGUGAAAACUGCGAUAAACCAAACAUGGAAUACAGCUCACACUGUAAUGCCACUCAUAACGCUGUGUGCAGAUGUAAAGCUGGUUACAGAUGCAAAGACCAAUCCUGCAAACAGUGUGUGCCCACUGUGCCGAUACUACCUUUCACCACCAAAUCUACACUCCCCCCAUCCACUACAGCCCUGAAACCUCGAGCCUACCACACAGAUACAGUGUGGUUCCUGGUGAUAAUUGCCCUCCUGUGUGCAGGAAUUGCUCUUGUUGUUGUAACAAAAAUCAAGCCUUUUCUGCACUGGAUCAAAGCCAAGCACAGUUACCUUUUGGCUAAAGAAGCUGUCCUAGUACUACCAGUCUCCGAGGACGAAGAAGUAUCCAAGCCUGUCCAGGAAGUGCGAGGUAAAUGUGACGUAUGAGUUCAAGAGUCUGAACUUGGAUAAGCAAGAAUUUGAGGGAAACAUUUCUCUUUGCUUGGACAUUAAUGACAAAUGGGGGCCCAUGCUGACGAAUGGAACAGCAGAAAACGUUUUUUCCAAGACUGAUCCUGUUUUCUGGAAGGAAUCAUGAGUGUUUGACAUUUGUGAAGUUUGGAUGACAAAAGUGUUUAAAAGCAGAGAAAAAGAAUCAGAAAAACACUGAAAAUACAGAGUGAGACACACUGUUAUGCAUGAGUAUGUUUCUAAACGGUGGUAUGUACUAUGGUACAAAUCUUUCACAUCUUUUAUAGGUGUAUAUAUAAAUAGAUUUUAUUCAGAUUCUACAUAUCAAAUGUGAAUGUUU